AUGCCCCGCCCGACUACAAUGAUGGCUGCGCUGCUUGUGCUCACCGCUUCUGCCCUCGCGCAGAGCCUCACGUCCGCCCAGCUCGACGCGGUCAUGGACAACCUCUGGCUCGGUGCACAGCAGACCUGGGAACUCGGCACCGAGGCAGAAGCACUGACCGAGUACGACGCGCCGGAUUUCUCCGUCUUCGCGAACGCGUCCCUCCCGCCAUCCACCUCUGCCGUCAACUACACCGCGCUCGCGCCCGUCCUCCAGAUCGCGUACAACACGUGUGCGAAUCGCACCAACGCGACUGGCGCGCAUCCGCUCAUCUACGUUGAAGGCGGCGCGGCGGGCGACCCGGCCAGCAUCGGUGUCGCUGUCCUGCUCGCGAACCGGGUCGAUGCGCGCGCUCCGCCGCUGAACGUGCCUGUGAGUGGUGGGAAUGGGAGCACGAACGGGUCUGGAAAGGGCGUAUCGUAUGCGGAGGCGGCGAAAGGCCAGCUGGAGUAUACGUUGGAGGUCGUCCCGCGGACGAGCGAUGGCGCAAUAAGCCAUAGGAUCGAGCAGGUCCAGCUCUGGUCGGACUCGAUGUACAUGGUGCCUCCUUUCCUCGCGUACUACGGUGUCAUGACCGGAAACCAGAGCAUAGUACAGGAAGCAUACACUCAGAUCAAGUUGUACCGGCAAUAUCUCUACGACGAGGACGCGAGUUUGUGGAUGCACAUCGUGCUUGGGGACAACAACCACGAUCCCGGAUUUUGGUCAACGGGAAAUGGAUGGGCGGCAGCGGGGAUGCUGCGCGUGCUGGCGACGGUCAAGCACUCUGACUUUGCGGACGACAUGCAGGAUGAGAUGGACGAUCUCAAGAGCUGGAUAGAGGAGAUCCACGACGGGAUGUACAAGCAUUUCAACUGGAACACGGCACUCUUCCACAACUAUGCGAACAACACCAGCACGUUUCUCGACGCGUCGAGCACAGCGCUGCUCGCGUCGACCGUGUACCGGUUCGCAGCGCUCGAGGGCGUGGACACGUAUGCUGCGCAUGCGGAGCGGUCGCGCGAGGCGUUGAGCACGAAGGGGUUGUAUGAGGCGUGGGGAACGGGGAAUGGCGUAGGGCCUGCGACGUCGUUUACCCCUUCUGCGACGGGCGUGGGUGCGAGCGCGAGAGCGAGCGGCUCGUCGGCGGCGUGGGCGUCGUAUAACGUGUCUGCGUCGUCGUUCUAUGCGGAGACGACGUCGUACAGUCAUUCCAGCAUCUCGUCAUCGUCCUCCUCCUCUUCCGCAACCUCCAUUAAAACCUCCUCAUACGCCGCCUCGACGCCGAACGCGUACGUCGGAACCGGCCAACUGCACUUCUCGCCGGAAAUGUGGCUCGCGCCUGUGGUGGACCCGUACAACUGGAACGUGCAGGGCGGGUCGUCGCCCGAGGGGCAGGCGUUUGUUGUUGAGAUGUAUGCGGCGUGGAGGGAUUGGGUGGAUGCAGGUGCGCCGGACGACGAUGCGGAUACGGUGGAUAAGGAGAGUGGGGCGGGGGGUGCGGUGUGGGCGCGGGCUGUGGGUGCGGGGAAGGUGGGGGUGGUGGGUGCGGUGGUGGCUGGGGUGGGGUUGUUGAUGAUUUGA